CACAAAACAGGAAACGUAUACAACUAAAAGGGACGUUAUCGAUGUGGAAUUUGCUACUAAGCCGGCCACUGAAAAUACCAAUACAUAAUUAAAAUGUCCAGUUCAAAGAAGCCAAUGUCACAGAAAGCAAAACGGUAUUUGAAGCUACGUUAGAGAUAGAAUUAGACCACUCUACUUCCAACCCGUGCAUCGCUAGCUAGCAAGAUAAUUUUCGAGCUAGCAACACGUAAGCCACAACUAUGGGUAGCUAACUUGCUAAAUGACUUUUUUUUUGUAAAAUAAAAUUUUACACAAAGAAAGGAAGAUACUAAUUUUGCAUCGAUCCCUUACCAGACCUACUUUUGACAACUGGAGACUUGCGCCUGCACUUAACCUGGCACUAAUAGGAAGUGAAACCCCAAAUAAUCUGUGUUGACAAUCUCAGUUGCCAAAGUAGCCUGGUCACACAGCUAAUAGACUUAUUCGGCCAGUUGCCUACCAAGGUAACGUUAACUGCAUAGCUUCUGGUUUGCCAGACUAACUUGCGCUUCAUAAAGAAGGAAGGCUUGACAGACUAUGGGAAACAUACUAUAGGAGCCUAUUAUUUGCUCCUUUUUGAAAUGCACGGUAUUAUACGCUCCGAAUGGUCUUGCUUUGGAUCAAAUCGCUCAGGCUUUCCACUUGGAGCAGCAUUUUUAUUAACCCUGAUGCUGUCAGUGUGGCUUGGAGGCAUCCAAAACAAUCUCUGUCUCGGUCCGGAUGGAUUGUUCCCUGGCCAUCAAGUUCAUCGCCUGGCUCUCCACGCCAUCAGUCACGAGGAGCUGUUCUCCCUUGUCUACAGCGCCGCCCUGCUGGUGGUGCUAGGACAGAGCCAGGAGCGCCGGCUGGGCACAGCGGCAUUCCUCGCCCUGUCCCUGUUCUCCAUGGUUCUCCCGCCGCUGCUCUACGUCAUCGUCCUCUCCCUGUCCGGUGGACAGUACGGCCGGAUCUGCGGCUACUCUGCCGCGCACCUUACCAUGUUCACAGCGCAGUGCGGUCGCCUAAAGCAGCGAAGGCUGCUUCGUUUCAUACCUGCGUGGUCGCUGCCGUGGCUGCUCUUGUUUGUGAGCACCGUGCUAAUGGCCGACUCAUCGAUCCUGCUGCACCUGUGCGCAGUCUGCGUGGGACACUGUUACAGUCCAGCUGUGAUUGGCCGGCUGCAGCAGGCAGAAAAGCUGGCAGUUUGGGGCGUCCUGCCUGCACGCGCGUUCAUCUCCUCAUCUCCGCGGGACUGCUUACCGACCAGCAUCGCCAGACAGAGACCUGCUCCCUUCCGUGAGUCUCUGUCGACGGGACAGUCGGCCUCCUCACACAGACCUCACUGGGAAGGGUCGCAUCCCGGUCCCCCUCAGCCCUGGCCGCCAUCCCCUGCGUCCGAUUGGCUGAUGGAGGAGCCUGCCGCUGCCUCACAGCUUCAGCUAUUGGACGAGGAGCUACUUAGGGCGGGAAUAUUGGCGUCCCUGCAGGACACUCCGGAAGGGCCUGGGGACAAGGUGGAGGUGCCCAAGUCUUCGGUGUCUUCCUUACGGCUGCAGCAGCUGGAGAAAAUGGGAUUCCCCACGGAGAAAGCAGUGGUUGCGCUCGCAGCCACCGGGAAGCUAGAUGGCGCCAUUUCCCUGCUGAUCGACGACAGGAUUGGGCAGGAGGCCGUGGUCACCUCCAAAGGGAAGAGCCAGUCAUGACCCAACGAUGCCUGAGCAGGGUUUUCGGAUCACUCUGUGAUUGAUGGGAGGGCCUUGCCACCGGUGAAUACUUUGAAUGCAAAAGACAGACCGGAAAGUUGUUUUUUUUUUUUUUUUUUUUGCACACUGGAGCCAAAUUCAACGUUGCGUGAGCCCAGAGGGAAAUGACAUCAUCGGGUAAAGCCGAAUUUGGUGCCGCGACGCAUUACAAUGUUGAGACACAGGCAGUUGAAAGCACAGGGAGGGGUCCCUGCGGUAAGGAAGGGUAUCGUCUCACCGAACUUAAGCAGAACUCAGCGUGUCACAUUGCAUCAGGUCAGCUUGGGGUGUGGAUGCCAACACAACUUUGUUUUCAAGCACCAGAAAACAAAAAGAGCGUCUACUCCCCAGUAAAUAAGCAUUUACAGAUGUGCUGUAUUCAAGUGAUUAUUUGGCAUUUGUGUUUCAGUCUUAACCAAUGCAGUGUGCCCUUUAGCCAAGCGAAGUGAAUUAAAAAAAAAGACUCUUUUCUCAUUCCCAUAUUGUCUAUGAAACUGUGGAUUAAUACCACUCAAUCACAGGCAAUUAUAUUGUUUAUACCCUGGAAACUAUGAAUGUACUUUGUGUCAAUGUCAAUAAAAAUACAUAUUUUGAAUUCUGAAAUAUGUCAAAUACUA